AUGAGAGCCUCCUGGUUGGGGUGGUCCCUCAUCUCUCUUUUAGCCGUCCCGACACUGUCCGCACCUUCGGACGUGGAACCGAGCAAUGUCAACCGACUGCAAAAGAGAUCUAGCAAAGGACUUGAUCCCGAGGAGCCGUCUGUAUUCAAUGGCCUCGAUGUUCCCCCGUUGUUCCAGCUGACGGAGGAGAAUUUCGCUGAGGCUACCAAAGAUGGCAUCUGGAUGGUAAAACACUACUCACCAGCCUGUGCCCACUGCCGAAAGGCUGCGCCAUACUAUCAAACAACCUACGAGUACUAUUAUACCUCGAACCCCAUUACGCCUUCAUCUGGAAAGACCCCAGAUCCUAAAUCCGUCAAUUCCUUUACUCAAUACUACAACUUCCAUUUCGCAUCUAUGAACUGUCUCGCCAACGGAGACCUGUGCGCGAAACUCGGUAUCGAAGCCUACCCGACCUUUGCUUUUUACGAAAAUGGUGUGCAGAAGGACACCAUCGUCGGCGCGAAGAAAAUUGAGGACUUGAGCAAGCUCAUUGAGGAGAGGCUCGAGGCGAGCAAGCCUGGCUCUCGCCCUCCACAAGGCAUCAAGUUGCCCGAGGUUGGCGCACCUGGCGUGGACUCAACUGCCGAGCCUGAUUCGCCGGUUGCCAAGGACAAGGACCCGGAGGCAGGCGUGAAAGCUGGCGAAAAGCAGAAUGAGCUGGCUUCAGGGUCAUCUGUGAAUACCAAGCCAAGCGAUACUGCCGUUGUCAAGACCAAGCCGAAGAGCGCACCUCCCAACCCUCAGGGUGUUUCCGUUCCCCUCACCGCUGAAAGCUUCCAAAAACUUGUGACUACUACUCAAGACUCCUGGUUCAUCAAAUUUUAUGCUCCUUGGUGCCACCACUGCCAGGCCAUGGCCCCGAACUGGCAGGAGAUGGCCAAGGAAAUGAAGGAUACACUGAAUGUGGGUGAAGUGAACUGUGAUGUUGAAUCCCGCCUCUGCGAGGAUGCGCGAGUCAGCGCUUUCCCGACGAUUUACUUCUUCCGUGGUGGUCAGCGUGUAGAGUACACUGGUCUUCGUGGUCUGGGCGAUUUGCUCUCCUUCACUAGAAAGGCCAUUGGCCCUUACUCUGAGAUCGAGGACGUGGAUGCAGCCACCUUCAAGGAGCUGGAGGAGACCGAGGAGGUCUUGUUCUUGUACUUUUACGACCUCGCCACGACCUCGGAGGACUUCGCGGCUAUGGAUCGUCUGACUCUCAGUCUUGUGGGUCAUGCUCGCAUUGUUAAGACUAGCAGCGCUGCUUUGGCCGAACGAUUCAAGAUCUCGACCUGGCCACGUCUCCUGGUGGUCCGUGAUGGUCGCCCCAACUAUUACAAUGCCCUCGCACCCAAGGAUAUGAGAGACUUCCGGCAAGUUCUCUCCUGGAUGCAGACUGUAUGGCUCCCGAUUGUCCCGGAACUUACGGCUUCCAAUGCCCGAGAAAUCAUGGACGGUAAAUUCGUGGUCCUGGGAAUCCUCAGCCGCCGCCGCUCCGACGACUUCAAGCAGUCCAGGCGGGAGUUGAAGGAGGCUGCCUCCGAGUGGAUGGAUAAGCAGAUCCAGUUGUUCCGGCUAGAGCGAUCCGAACUUCGUGAUGCCAAGCAAUUGCGCAUCGAGGAGGCGGAUGACCGUAAUGAUCAGCGCGCACUGCGGGCCGCCAAGAAUAUGCGCAUUACCAUCCGUGAGGAUGACAAGAAGCCGGUCCAUUUCGCUUGGAUUGAUGGUGAUUUCUGGGAGCGUUGGCUCCGCACUACCUACGGUAUCGAUGUGGAGAAUGGUGACCGUGUGAUCAUUAACGAUGAAGAUAACCGUCGUUACUGGGACACUGCCUCCAGUGGAGCACCAAUUAUGGCCUCGCGUACCUCGAUUCUCGAGACUAUCCCUCUUGUCAUUGCCUCUCCGCCCAAGCUGUCCCCUAAGUCUACUAUUGGUACUUUGGAGACUUUCUUCUUCUAUACACGAUCCUUCCUCAGCAGCCACCCGAUUCUCUUCUUUAUUCUUUUGGGCUUGACAGUGGCCGUCGCCACAAUUUUCGGCCGUGGACGCCUCCUGCGCCGCACUGGCCUUGGCCGUGGCGGCAUUCUGGGCAAUUCUAAUGGCGGCACUGCUGGUGGCUUCUUCCACCUGGAUGGGAAGGAGGGAUUCCUGAACGGAGGCUCGACCGGAAAGGUUGACUAA